AUGGCUUCACAAGAGUGCCCGCCAAAUGGCUGGGGAUCAGACGAUGCAGGGGAAGGCCCAUCCCAGCCGCACCCAUAUAACCCACAGAUAUCCGACCGCGGCCAAAUAUAUUGUGCCAGCUGCAAUCCCUUCAUCUUUGAGCCAUGGCUCUGUGCCGACUCCAAUCAUCUGUUCCCUGGCUUCAAUGCCAAUUGGAGGGACCCGCAGCUUGAGACGCUUCAAGCGCAAAACACUGCUUCGCCACUAGCAACGCAAUCGACGAUGUUUAGCGAUGCAACCAACAGCGGGUCCUCCUAUUAUCCCAAUGACUUACCGUAUGUGGCCGGAUAUCACGAGCUCGGUCUCGCCACGGGCCUUUCUACGAGCACAGAUUGGACGGGAAGUCUGCAGAACACCAAUGCUGGAUGUGGCGACGGCACCGGCUUUUCCGUCGAGCAGUAUGAUGUUCCGGAAGUCUCUCGUGCUUUUCUGGACGUCGGUGCUCACGUCGUGCCUGAACGACCUCCUGAUCUCGAGCCAUUACAACCCGAUCUGUCUAGCAGUCAAGUGGAUACGCUUGAGCGCUUUCGUCAAAGAUGGGCUACCCAGGGCCACUUUCCCACCGACGCUGAGAUCCAGUCCAUUGCUACCCUUGAGCAAUUGGGUCCCGACGUUGUGCAAGCAUGGUUUCAAGCAUACUUGCAUGCCUCAGUCACAUCAUCUACGAGCGCUACCACUGGCUCGUCGAAAGGCAAGCAGAAGCUGCCGCCUACUCAAGAUCCCAGCAAGCCAUCCCAGACGGUCGCAGAAGUCCGACAAUGGUCUAGGAAUAAGUUUUGGCAAGUAUGCAAACGGGCGCAGACUCAGAAUUCGCGAACCGAUCUACAGUUUCAGUGCACAUCCGGCUGCUCUUAUUCUACUGACAAAAUCGAUGCAUGGCGGAGGCAUGAGCUAGGCUGGCAGCCACAGGAAUUUUGGCAUUGCGUCUGUUGCAGAAGCAUUGGUGCGACUCCGUUCAUUUGCGCUCGAAAGGAUAAAUUCCUCGACCACCUCAGGGCUGCUCACGAGCACAUCAAUAAGGCGCUUUACACGACUUUGCGAAAUCAUUCCGAAGUGACUGACGCAGCCGGCUUCGAACUUCAAUGUAAAUUCGUUGAUACUCUAGGACGUCCAUGUCCAUCAACGUUUGGCUCUUGGGAGGACCGAGUACACCAUUAUCUUGCUCAUUUCAGAGGUCAGAUAUCGUAUGGCCCAUGGAAUCUGCUGUAUGGCCGCAAUAAGUGGUUCGAUGACGACGAUGCUGAUGGGCAAGGAGGGCCUAACGGGUUCAAACAGAAUGGCUCACUCAACGCACCUGAUUCGUCGCCUACUUCCAGUGAUGAGUCGGGUUUUGGUACGAGGUCUGGUGGCCAAAAUGAACAGCAACAUGGCCAACGUGGACACGCUGCGACACUGGCAGCCGGCAAGCAAACGUGGCCACUUGAGGCUGUGUCCGCAGCUCCGGAACCACUGAAGUGCAGGGAGUGCUCAACACAGCAACGAACUAGACCGACGCUGCUGAUCCAUGUCCCCACUGCUCGAUUGUCGAAGCCGCCUCUCAACGCCAGGUAUCUUGCUCUCGAUCAUACAUGGGCAGCAAAGUCUCCUAAGUCAAGAACCUUGGCCAGCGCGACUUUCAAUGCUACUACGGACCUGCUGUUGACGGAUGAACGCUUGCCGAUUCCCCUUGAGCAACUUAGAGCAUUCGCUCACGGUAUCGGCUACGCCUACUUGUGGAUCGCAGAGCUCUGUGAACCGCAGAGCCGAAGUUGCGUUUUGCGUAGCAUUCAGGAACGCGCGUCGCUCCACAUGGUAUCUGUACGCUGUCCAGAACGUCCGCAGAGUUUGCUACAUUUCGCCUGUGACAGUGCGCAUGUGAAGGAGGUCCAUGCGUGGGCGCACCACCACGGCACCAUCUCACACGUGAGAAACCUUGGCCACGGAUCUUAUGGCAUUGUGGACGAGGUGAAAGUGAAUCCUGGCCAGCAAGUACUUGCUCGGAAAGAGCUAUCAACGUCUCGCCUAAAAAACCGGCAAGGAAAUGCAAAGCUCCAGGAGGUUUUGAUCAUGCAGAGGCUCAAUCACCGACACAUAUCGCACUCGAAGUCGGCGUACUACGAUCAUACAAUGCAGUCCUGGAAUAUCCUGAUGUCACCGGUGGCAGAUGGCACGCUCCGCGAAUACAUGGCCGAGCCCAGCAGAUGGCCGGACCGGCGGAGGUACAUCGCAAAGUGGUACCUUUGUCUUGCAGCAGCCCUCGAGUACAUGCAUAGCGCUUCCUGCCGCCACAAGGAUAUCAAGCCGGCCAACAUACUCGUGAGUGGCCAAGAUGUGCUGCUCACCGAUUUCGGCACCUCACACGACUACAUAGACUCUCCCGUCGAGUCAUGGACUGAAGGCCACGCUCUCAUGACGCCGAGGUAUGCAGCCCCUGAGGUUGUACUUGAGCAACGACGUGGUACCAAGGCCGAUGUUUUCUCACUAGGCUGUGUCUAUGCCGAGAUGUUGACCACCGAGCUCGGGCACACCGUUGAAAGUAUGCACCAAAGUUGUGGCAUGAGUGGCAGAGCCACUUAUGCACAGCAUAUCGAGCAACUACGACAAUGGCUUGACAUACUGAGCAGCAAGACCACCGCUUCUCUGCACCAGAGGAUCAUAACUGUGUGCAGAAGUAUGAUCAGCCCUGAUGCGGGCAAUAGACCGUCGGCGAAAGGUGUUCUCGACAGUAUCUCCGCAAGAUCCACUACCGCUUCACACGACCAAUGUCUGUGUCUCAGCAGUAGAACGCCGGAUACAUCUCUCCCUCGCUCUUGCUUGGAGACUAGGAUGCCUUCUGCAGCACAGCAUGAGUUGCUUGCCAAAUCACAGAGACUCAGGUCCGGCCGCGGCCGCCGUUGUAGAUCCAGAGUCGUACGCACAGUUCCACAAGUCACAAAUCCCGACAAGGUCUAUGCCCACCAGCAGCUCUGGUUUCACCGGCCAGUACCGGCCUACAGACCGCACAAGUCGACCUCAGCAAUAUCAGCCUUUAUGAUGUGCUCGUUCAUUUUGAACGGUGGCUUCCUUAGCAUGUACCUGGAAACGCAAAUUACGCAUUCGAGCAUAGUAAUCUCAAUCGUGUUCUCACAGGGCAUGCUCGCACUAGAUUUCAUCGGAACCUCCGACCCCAAGAUCUACACCAAUCACGACCACAGAAGAUUCAAGAAGCUCUACUGGAAAGUCCUCUGCAUAGUGUGUUACGAGGACACACGGUGA